AGCCAGCGAUCCAAGGGAGCUCGAGGAGGCCUGGAACGGCUGCGAGGCGAAAGACGUUGCCUUUACUCCACCCAGAGCCCUUUCCUUCGAUCUUACUCCAAAUACCCCAUGGCGAACCAUGGCGGAGGAGCGGCCGGAGAAGUCGGCAGCGGCGGCCGGCCCUUGCCCCUAUCGUCGAUACCCGCCGGAGACCACACCGUGUGGGCCGAUGCCUCUCCCUUCAUCGAGGCCGCUUGUAAUGAUCUUCAGGAUGGAGAACUUGUACAUGGAGAGAACUUUAGUCUCUUUGCUGCCAUGUCUGCAUUGGAGAUAAUGGAUCCAAAGAUGGAUUCUGGAGUUGAGAACAGUGGAUAUUGCUCUGUUGAAGAAGCGAUAGAAAAUGGCGCUGCUCCAAUUCCUCUCAGUUUGGACAGAACUAUUGAUGUGCAACGGACCAUUGAUGUCAUGGAUCAUCUUUUAGCAUGUGAGGCAACAUGGCAUAAGGGUCACUCACUGGCACAGACUGUCUUUUCAUGCAUAUAUCUUCUGAGGAUCGAAAGAACAUCUUCGCAUGCCUUGUUGCAUUCAUAUUGCAGAAUAACACGUGCUACUUGUAAUGCUAUCAUUUCAGCAGUCGCCGAUGCACGUACUCAUGAGGAAGAAGAUCUUUUCACAAUGGCUUAUGGCUUGCCCUUGAAAGGAGAGGGGGAUGAAAAAUGCUUAUCGAUUCUAAAUUCAGUUGAAGAAACAAUUUCUCGUCAAUUGCGUGCUUGUAAGGCUCCAUCAUCUAAGAAGAAGGCCUUAGAAGAUUUGGAGUCUCUGCAAACCAAUCCAGAUUUGGAAGAGGGUUACUGCAGAGCUUUUCUAUGCCGCUUACGUUUUCGUAAGCACUUUUACCAUGUUCUCAUGUGCUUGAGGAAACCUCAAGGCAGAGGUUUGGAGCUGGCUCGAAAACAUGUGGCAUCAUGUUUGUCUGAGCUAGCCUCUAUGUAUAAAUCUCUGGAAUUUCUCAGAUCUGUUUCAUAUGGAUCUGCUCAAGAAGAUAGCACUACUGCCUCAGGUUGCCGACCUGUUGGUUUUGAUGUUAGUUUAAAUAGCAAACUAUCUGCUCCAACUCCACCACGUGCAAUCCGACUUCUUAGCUGGAAAAAGGCUGUUGGGUAUUUUGAGAAGCUUUUGCAUGACUUAAAUGUCCUAUGUGCCUUCACUUUGGAUCCAAUGCUUGAGGAUACCUUGCGUUUUGUGGUCCAGUUCCAAAAAUCACAACCUGAUUUAGUUGCAAGAGCUCAUCUACAGCUUCUAUUAGUACAAGAUGGGAAGCUCUGUGGGCGGGAUUUCUUUUGUGAUGUAAUCUCUAAGGCUUUAGCAUUACCAGAACUUGCAAAAGAUCAGGAAUUUCAGAAAAAUGAAUUUGUUGUGCAGCUAGGUCAGCUGGUGAUCAACUUGCUUAAAAUUCUUUGUACAAACUCUGCAUGGCAGCGACGCAAGCUUGGAAAGAUCUUACAGGACUGGAGUGUUAUUUCCAUGCAGUUGGAGCUGGCCUUCAAAAGAGAGUUUGGGGAAAUGUUAAAUGUCUCAAUUGACGAGAAUAUAUGCAUGAAAGUAUCCAAGCAUCUCCUUAUCUGGGCACAGGAGCAGACCUACUGGAUUGCUUCUCGGUUUCUCACAUUGGGAUUUGAGCUUGAACUUUAUUCUCCCACCGAUUACUGCAUGGUUUACUGGUAUAUGUAUGUGGUCUUUGUAAAGCUCUUGGAAAAGAUGCAAAUGAGGAUAGCUGCCAGCAGUGAUAACUCCCGAAGAAAAGGAAAGAAAAAAAGGGAUCAUACCAAGGAUUCAGGAAGAGAUGCUGGAGUUUCAUCAUCUUGUUUGCUACUGCAGUGCUAUAUAUUUCUCUCUGAAGGACUGGCUAUGAUGCUGGCAGCUUUGUGCAAUGAUUGCAAAGUGUUCCAAAUGACAAGCCCUUUCAAUGGGGAAGAAGAGAGAUUUGUUCAGCACUUCGAACUGUUACAGAAAGCUCAAGUUCCUGAGCACAUUUCAUACUACCUUUUCAAAGAUUCCACACUCCAUGCUCGCCUAUUUAACGUAGCAAAACACAAUUACUUUAGAGAAGCCCAGAGGAUUAUAGCGUCUCUUAAGGGUAGUUUCUCAGGCGAACCAGACAAGUUGCUAGAGGUCCGGCAACUAGAACAGGUUGCAGAGCAUAACAGGAUAGCGUUGAAUGUUGUCAACCAAGUUGGUGGCCAAGAUUCAUCACUCAAGGUGUCUCUCGAGUUUACUCACCAUCCCUACUUUGCAGUUGCAGUGGUCAAAAGAUCGUAGUCACUUUGUUGGUGAACCAAUUUUGAACUCUCAAUAAGACUCAGAAAUGCUGAAGUCAAGCCAUCAGUUGUAACAUUACAUUUCUUCAAAGUACAUUUUGCCAGAAGCUUCAUUUCUGAGGUAUUAGUUGAAUCUAGAGUAGCACCUUUCCCCUUUCUAUUUUUUCUUUUUAUCUAAAUUUUGUUUGUGACAUUCAUUAAGAUAUUACUAUUUGGUGUAUCAUUAGUUUUGCUUUUCCAAGGUCCUUGUAUCAUUAUUUUUGUAAUUAUAUUCUAAUCGUAACCUGGCAAUACAAGAGUUAUUCAGAUUUCAAAUUUUA